GCAGGGUCGGAGAUUGUCUUUUUUUCCUGCCAAUGGUUGGUGCAGUUUUCAAAUCCUUGGUUGAAUGAAUUUCCACAAAUCGGUCACCAAUUACCCACCCCCGCAGUCCAGUUGGGCUGAGCACAGAUACACACAACGCUCCAGUCGCAGGCAUAGAUACAGCCACACGUACAACACAACAGUAAACAGCAGUACUACAACCCGAGUGUACAGCAGUGAGCCCAAAGUCAGAGAUACCCCUCCCCCACUCCGCGGAGGGAGAGAGAGGGACACACAGAGAGAGAAAGAGACAGAGAGAGAGAAAGAAAGAAAGAGAGGAAAAAAGUUGAGAUCUGCUGGGAAAACUCGGAGGCUCCGCUCCAUCUUUGAACACCGAAUAACUUCACUGCGGAAUAUUCGCCUGGAUCCAGGGAUACUCUCUGUCAUGAGGGUGCUUACGGUGUGUUGUGCAAUAAUUUAUUUUCACCUCCCGGAGACUCUCUGACAUGGUUUGGAUCAUGUCGUGAAUUGUUAUUAACUCUUGCUGGAUUGACGGAUUAUUUAAGCAAGUUUGACUGCCGAAGAAUCGUCCCAAUCAUGAAUGGAAGACCCUGUAACAUAAACCACAGGGCGUCAGGAACUCCCCAGGGCUCAGCCUUGAUUAGCGGACAACAGAUCCCCCCCAUCAUCAUCCAGACAGAGACACCAUGCCCGUCUUCAAACAGCGCAACGCCAAGUCCCGCGACUGGGAUGCUGGCGAAUAACAUGCAUCCGAAACUGUUCCUGAACGGCUGUCAGCACCCUACAGUCACACCCCAGAACAGCAGCAUGCCCGAAAAUGCCAUCCAUUUACCAGCUUUAAGUCCCAGAAGGCACGUGGUAACAAAACAUACUUUUCAAGUACCCCAGCCUCUGGGGCAUCCAACCAGCUUAUCCUCAAAACCAAAACAGACGGAAUUUGGAGGUAUAUUUUCAAACAGCAGUAUAAAAGGUAGCUCCGAGUUUGGACCACAAUGCAAAGCCAUUGGGAAGAGCACCAGCAACAAUCUAGUGGUGACGAGCAGUCCCAUGACAGUCCAGAGAACGGGACUUCUAUCAAACCAGACAAUUAUCCAGAGCAACCACCUCAAUCGCACUCUAUAUCGGCAGAUGCACCCAAAUCUAAACAUUCCUGCGUCAGAUACAAGAUCCAUUGCCUCUGGAGGAUCGUUAGGCUCAACUGCACUAAGUCUUAUAGAAAGCCAAUCAACAUUGAAUGUGAAGCAGGAGUGGCCUCAUGGUUACUCAAUCCUUCCAUCACUCCCAUCAAACCAAGGUUCUCAGAAUGGCAGCGAACUUGGGGACAUGCUGAGCAUACCACCUGGAACUGCCAUGUCAAAUAACAGCACCUCCAACUCUUUGCCAUCCUACCUGUUUGGGAAUGAGAACAGUUCUCGCAAUUCUGCCCGCUCUAACUCUGCUCGAUCGAGAAAAAGAGGUCUUUCCACCUCCCCAUUUUCAGACGGAGUUGGAAUAGACCUAAUUAUCCGUACAUCCCCCACAUCAUUGGUUGCCUACAUCAAUGGCUCCAGAGGAUCACCGGCUGAUGUUUCCCCUCAGUCUGAAGUGUGUGGGCACUUCCUUGGAGUGAGAGGUAGCUGCAUCCCUCAGGCCUACAAUACAUCAUGUAAAGAGCGUAAUCUCUUUACACUCACCGACAUUGAAGCUAGUAAUGGUGUGUACCAGAGGAUGCAACAACUGGAGCAGUCUUCCCUGCACCCCAUGGUGAUGAACAACAUGGUUGUUCAACAGGGUAUCUCGGUGAUUGGUAAUCAGCAGUAUGACACAUUUAAAAAUGAUCAAGUGGAUGAAUUCUCGUCAGGCAUGGAAAUUCCUACACUGCCCCAGGGUCCUCCACCACCUUACCAUGCCCACCAGCACCUCAUGCCCCAUUCCCAGCCACAUGGGCAGUCCUCCCCACAAGGGACACAGCUGGAUGAGGAUGGUGAGCCUUCGAGAGUGAACGGAAAGCACUGCUGUCGCUGGAUAGACUGCAACGCAAUGUACGAUGAACAGGACGAGCUUGUGCGGCAUAUUGAAAAAGCGCAUAUAGACCAACGUAAAGGAGAGGACUUUACUUGCUUCUGGGCUGGUUGUCCACGCCGAUACAAGCCAUUUAAUGCUCGCUACAAGCUAUUGAUCCAUAUGAGAGUGCAUUCAGGAGAAAAGCCAAACAAGUGUACGUUUGAAGGCUGCAAUAAAGCUUUUUCAAGACUGGAAAAUCUCAAGAUUCACCUACGAAGUCACACAGGGGAGAAACCUUACCUUUGUCAGCAUCCGGGAUGCCAAAAAGCUUUUAGCAACUCAAGUGACCGUGCCAAGCAUCAGAGAACACAUCUCGACACAAAACCUUAUGCAUGUCAGAUCCCAGGUUGCACUAAACGGUACACUGACCCAAGCUCUCUCCGAAAGCACGUGAAGGCACAUUCCACAAAAGAACAGCAGGCAAGAAAAAAGUUAAGAUCCAGCAAUGAGCCAGACCAGGAAAUGUUGAAUGACUGUCUCACUAUUCAACCACUGCAGCCUGCUACAUCACCACAAGAUGCUGUGGACAGUACAAUCGGCCAAUCACCUGGACAUCCCCAUGACAUAUAUUCAGGAAUAUUUUCCAGCACCCAUUCAAGCCGAUGUGGAACAGCAACAGGUAUUAUUCCUUCCAGCCAUCCCCCAAGCCAACCUUCCCCUGUCCAUAAUGUGCAAGGGAGCGCCCACAACGCACAGACGCAGCUCCCCCCACUCCAAGUGGUGGAAGAGGGCAGUGAGAGCAGAUUUGCGUCCUCUGCUCCUUCUCCUCAUCACAUCAGUCCCAGAAGAAUUGCAGCAGCUCCACCCCUGAUGCACAGAAGGACAUCACAGCCACCCCAAGUACAACAGUUUUCAGGGUCCCACCUCAAACCAUACCCACCCAUCACAGCUUCUUCCGCACAACCAAGCAGUAUCCAUGUCCAAGACCAACGCCGGCUCCUCCAUAUCAUGUCUCCCAUUGACAGAUUUCUGAAGACUAAUGGUGAACAAGGUCAUGGAGUUGGGGCAGGUUACUACGGCCAACUGCAGACCUUCUACCCUCCUCAGUAUAGUGAAACCUCUAGGAAUAUAGGCCAAGCUAGUCCUCGCAAUAUGGUGCCUUCGUUUGAAGAUUGUCUACUUCCCACAACUGUGGGACAAGCUGGAUUUGAUGCCUUCCACAGAGCAUUAUCUGCUCAUCCCAGUUUUCCAGCUUACGACUUUCAAGCAACUUCCCCUGGGAUUUUUGGUGACUCUGUACGCAAUUGUCCUGAGGACAGUAGUUUUCUCCAGAUUAAUGCAAUCGACCGUUGUCCCAGCCAGCUGUCUUCCAUUUACACGGAGGGUUGAGCACGGAGAAAGGAACAAUGUGGGGGAUGGCUACACAUGUGCUUCUUCGUUUUGAUUUGAACCAAUUCUUAUAACUUUAAUACGGAAUGAGGCUUUUCUGGCGAAUUCAGACUCUGCAUCCUUACCUCUCCCAGUUGAGAGAAGCACAAUGUUCACCUUUAGUUUCUGUUUGCACAUAAAGACAGCGUCUGAGGGAGGCAAAAACAUGAAUCUCAAAAGCUGUGUGUAUUCUGUCAUUGAAGUGAAAUAUCCAAGGAAUCAAGGUAUUGUCAAUCCAGCCUUAGCCACACUACUCCUGGAAAAGAAAAGGGAAUCAGGUUUUACCUGGGAUGUUCAUAUGUUGCUUUAAAGAACCCUUGUUUCUCUUUAACUGAUCUGGUAAUGUUCUUUCCUCAAAUUUGAAAAUAAAAAAAAGAUGAGAUUUCACAUUUUAUAAAAUUGUGCUUCCAAAGCUAAGGCCAGGUGCAAUAGGAGCUUUGUCCAAUUGGCAUCCUGGCCACCCAGUUGUCUUCACAGUGGACACUGGAGAAAUAGAUGGGACCAAUCCCUAACAUUGAAGUAACCUGAAGAUUAAAAACUGCAAACUACUGAAAUAGGUAAUAUUGCAUGUGGAGAGAAGCUUCCAGAACAGGUCUGUUAUUUGUGUUUUUUUUAUUUUACUAUCUUUUAUUUACACAUAUAUUACAUAUCUCACACUUAUGUAUAUUUUCUAAAGGAUUGUUUUAUUUUUGACUUUUCAAAUCAUUUAUGCAUAAAUUUAAUUUUUUCAGGAGGGUGUUUGUUUUCCUAAGCACACUAACAAAGCUUAAAUGGGGAAAAAAAUGGCUUUUUCACUGAUGUUUGGCACUAAACAGCCCUAGGUUUCAGCAAACCGCUCUGCAGUCUCUGCAGUCAAAGAAAGGUCACAAAAUACUUUUAAAAGUUUGUUUUAUUAAAAACAGAAAAUGCAAGGAAACAACCUAGCAUCCUUAGACUUGAAGUAUGUAAGAUAUGUGACAUGACUUUUACUGAAACAGUGUGGAAAUUAUAAUCUAACUAAGGUCGAAUGCUCUGUCCACCUUAGACUAAUAAAGAUAUUGGGCUGGAGCUCGCUGGAAAAAUAAUACAUUGGUAACAGCACAUGGUAUUAGUAAUGUGCAAAUUGGCCACUGGGUUCUGAAAAAUAGGAGAUUAUAUUGUGCGUUGUGAUUGUCGAGACUUGUAGCUUAAUUUACACUGCUCACUUGACCUCUUGCUGGAUAUGCACAAUUAAAUUUGCCUUGAAAACUUAGGAUUGGAACAGAAUAGCAUAAGCACCUUUUCAACCAUGUGAUAAUUGUAAGUGCAAUGCCAAAUCAAUCUGAAAGAGGUUAAUUUAAACCAUUCUACUUGUACCAAAUUAUUUACAAAAGAUCAUAAAAAUGUUUUUAAAAACCUACUUUUCCUUCAUGUCAGAUCUCUCAAUAUCUUAAUUCAACUUGGGUGGCACGGUGACUUAGUGGUUAGCACUGCUGCCUCACAGCACCAGGGAUCCAGGUCAAUUCCAGCUUCGAGCAACUCUCUGCAUGGAGUUUGCACAUUAUCCCUGUGUCUGUGUGGGUUUCCUCCAGGUACUCCAAUUUCCUCCCAC